AUGCAAGGCGGUGAAGACUAUGACUAUGAAUAUGGACAGUGGGUCGCCGUGGACAUGAACGAGAUGGGUGGCAUGGAAGGAAACAACUCGGCGCCCUGGAAUUUCAACCCCCAGGCCGCUGAGUUCAAUCCACAGGCGAAGGAGUUCGUUCCCAUGAGCCGACGGAAGUCAUCCGAUUCCCCAGGACUGGGCUCCAGUCCUUCCACGUCGGGCCGCUCCCGGCACCGGGCAUGGGCAUCGCCGAAGGCCACUCCAGUGGUUUCGCCUGCCGUGGGACCCGGAGGCUGGGGCAGGACCCCGACGCCUUCUCCCAUGAUUCGGCCUGUUGCUUCACCGCUACUCCAGGGCAUCUACCUUCCGGAUUUGGGGCCACCGGCGGAUCAGGAGCCUGUGGGGGAGCCUCAACCUAUGUCGACGUCCAUCGAUCUUCAGCUGGUCGAAGAGGGCGCCGAUGCUGAAGUGGAUGGUGGCCGCUUCUCCUGGACGGUGAAUAAGUUCUGGAAGGAGCUCAGCGAGUUUCCCAAGGACUCUUGCGUCAUGUCUCCCACCUUCAGCAUCCAGGAUGCGCGCAUGCAGCUCUCCUUCUAUCCCAACGGCAGCCGAGAGGCGGAACCGGGUCACUGUUCUGUGGCCUUGUCCAGAAGCCCCGAUUGCCCGGGUAUCAA